GUAUAUAAGCUCUGUUCUUGACUAGUGAGAGUUUUAUGUUGUUUGUGGAGAGAAUACGAGAUGUAUGUGUCUUCGUGGGAAGAGGAUUAUGAUCUAGCUGCGCCUAGAGGUUCUCUUAGUUCUUGUUAUCGAUUCUGUUACAGAUUGUAUCUUCCAUUCUUUUACAGAUAAUAAAAAGAAGAGAGUCUUUUUCUUAACAAAUGGUGCGAUUGUGAUCUCGGAUCGAAUCUAACGCGAUAUCAAAUUCGGAUUGGGCGAAGCUUGGGGAUUUUAUCGAAUUGAAGAAAUCUUGAGUCGAUGGGGAUGGAGCAAUCUUUAACACCAAUAAAGGAGGCGGCGACGGCGGAACAAGUCGAAGCUUCGGUGAUGGAAUGUUUCAAUCGUUUGGCGGAUAUGGCAACAUUGGUUCGUCGUACAGAGACGCGUAUGGAUUCUCGAAUUGAUGGCUUAGGCGACAAGAUCGGAGCUCAUGAUCAACAACUUUUGGAGAUUGGGCGUAAACUCGAUUUGUUGCUUCAUGCGUUACCAGGGAAAUCAACGGUACACGAAAUCGGAGGAUCGAGUCAAGAUUACAACUCGCGAUCGCCAUUUCAAUCAAACCAGGGGUGGUAACGAACACUAUGGGUCGGCCGAGCUUGGUCGUGGAGAUGGUGAACAACUUACAGAUUGGUGUGAAAGUAGGGGAUUCCUCCCAAUACCACUACAUAGCCAUGGAUCUCAAGCUCACUAUAAAUCUCGAAGAAAGAGGUGGUGUGCCACUCUCAACAAAGUCUACUUCAGCGACUUGUGGACCGGAACAGCUACUAUAGCCGCAGCGCUUCUCUUGAUUCUGACUCUAAUUGGGACGGUUGCUUCUGUCAUCCAAGCUUACAAAAGCUUCAAAUAACUAUAUGUAUGCUUUUAUCUUCUAAGUUGGUUUUUACGAAUAUUUCUUUAAA